UGUUGAUAUAAAAAUAAUGAAUGUAGAAAUCGUUUAAUUUGAAUAACAAUCAUUCUGAACUAACUCAAAAUUCUGAAGUCAAUCACUCUUAGAUUGUCCAUGAGUGUCUUGUAUGUGUAUGAAAUACAAUAUGGGCACUAAGAAUGAAUUUGGAACAAGUGUUCACUGGUUUAGAAAAGGCAUGCGCUUGCACGACAACCCUGCAUUUAAAUUGGCAUAUGAGUCGAAAAAUAGUAAUGGUGAGUACUACAAACUCAAACCAAUUUACAUAUUAGAUCCUUACUUUCGUAAAUACAUACGUGCGGGCAUGAACCGCUGGAGGUUCUUGCAGCAAAGUUUAGUGGAUUUGGAUCUUAGUCUGAGGAAACUAGGUACCCGUUUGUAUAUAAUUCGAGGAAUACCUGAAGAAGUCUUUCCAGAUUUGUUUGUAAAAUGGAAUGUGAAGUUGUUAACGUUUGAGCUAGACACUGAACCAUAUGCACGUAAACGAGAUGAACAAGUUGAAAAUUUGGCAAGACAACAUGGAGUCAAAGUUGAUCAAAAAGUUUCACAUACUAUUUAUAAUACUGAACUAGUGAUCAGAGCAAAUAUGGGUAAAGUUCCAAUGACUUAUCAGAAAUUUGUAUCUGUUGUUGGUUCAAUGCCACCUCCUCGGCGACCACUACCUGCACCAGAUAAACUACCAUUAGAGUGUCUACUAGAUGAUGAUUUAAAAAAUCAUGAAUUUGAUGUUCCAACAGUAGAUGAAUUGCUAACAUUGAAGGGCUUUAACCCUCAAGACCUAAAAUCUUGUUUAUACCCAGGAGGAGAAAAAGAAGCUUUACGACGUUUAGAAGAAUGCAUGAAAAAUAAGUCAUGGGUUUGUAAAUUUGAAAAACCAAAUACAUCACCAAAUAGCUUAAAACCUAGCACUACUGUACUAAGUCCAUACAUGAAAUUUGGAUGUUUGUCAGCUAGUCAUUUUUACUAUAGAUUAAUAGAAACCAUCGGAAAUAGUUCGCAUUCAAAACCUCCUGUAUCUCUUAUCGGUCAAUUAUAUUGGAGAGAAUUUUAUUACACAGUUGGAGCUGCUACCCCUAAUUUUGAUAAAAUGGCUGGCAAUUCUAUAUGUUGCCAGGUACCAUGGGAUGAUAAUCCUGAGCUUCUAGAAGCAUGGACAAAUGGUAAGACCGGGUAUCCAUUCAUCGAUGCCAUCAUGAGACAACUCAGACAUGAAGGUUGGAUACAUCACUUAGCCAGGCAUGCUGUUGCAUGUUUUCUAACUCGGGGAGACUUAUGGAUAUCAUGGGAAAAAGGAUUGGCUGUAUUUGAAGAACUAUUACUUGAUGCAGAUUGGUCAAUGAAUGCUGGCAACUGGAUGUGGUUAUCAGCAUCAGCAUUUUUUCAUCAGUUUUUUAGAGUUUAUAGUCCAGUUGCAUUUGGUAAAAAAACUGACAAGAGUGGUGAUUACAUUAGAAAAUACAUACCAGAGUUGACCAAAUAUCCAGAUCAGUACAUUUAUGAACCUUGGCUGGCACCAAAGGCACUUCAAGAGAGAGCCGGUUGUAUGAUUGGAAUACAUUAUCCUAAACGAGUGGUAAUACAUGAAGAUGUCUACAAAAAUAAUAUAACUAAAAUGUCAUUGGCCUAUAAAAAUAAUAAAGCUGGUAAAAGUCCUACUAAAAAUUCAGGUGAUACACUGACUCCAGACAAAAAAGUUGUAAAAAAAGCUAAAUUCAAAUGAUUUUUUCCUUAGUUAUUCAUUUGUUUUACAUAAAUAGUUUCUAAAUUAUCUUAUAAUCUAAUGCACUAUCUUGGGGGUAUAGUUGUGUUAUAAUAUAUUUA